AGUGACAAGUAAAACACAGUGAACACAGUAAGAAAAAUGGCUUUUAACAAUAAAGAUAUCGCACCUCUGUGGCAUAAUGGACCAACACCAGGUGCAUUUUAUCAGUUUCCAGGAAACCAGUAUGGUACUGGAGGAUUCCAAAAAUCACAAUCUCCUAUAACGACCGGUACAUCCGUCAUUGGUAUACAAUUUAAAGACGGAGUCAUUAUAGCUGCUGAUAUCCUUGGAUCUUAUGGAUCACUCGCUCGUUACAGAAAUCUAGAACGUAUCAUGAAAGUUAAUGAUAAUAUUAUUCUUGGUGCAUCCGGAGAUUAUGCAGAUUUUCAAUGCAUCAAGAGUUACGUGGAGAGAAAAAUUCUGGAUGAACAAUGCUUAGAUGAUGGAUUUAGCUUGAAGCCGAAAGCUCUACAUUGUUGGCUAACACGUGUCAUGUACAACAGACGAUCAAAUUUUGAUCCAUUUUGGAAUAAUUUUGUAAUUGCUGGUUUGGAAGAUGGAAAACCAUUUUUAGGAACUGUGGACAAGCUUGGUACAGCUUACAAUGAUCCAGUGAUUGCGACAGGAUAUGGUGCUUAUAUGGCAACACCUAUAUUGAGAAAAGCUUAUGAAGAAAAUAGCCAAAUGAGCAAAGAGCAAGCCAUUGAGCUUCUCUACAAAGUUAUGCAAGUUCUGUUUUACAGAGAUGCAAGAUCUUUCCCAAAGUAUCACCUCGGCAUUGUCACGAAGGAAAAAGGCAUUGAAAUAGAAGGACCAUUGAGUUUAGAUAGUUAUUGGGGACCUGCAGUCUUGUAAAACUAACAUUCUAUUUCUUUAAUGUAAGUUAUAAUAAAAAACAUGCUUGAUUAA